AUGCUAUGCGCUAAACGUAGGACGUUUAUCGUUAGCCCCACAACUGUGCCUUCUCUUAUUCUCUCCAGGAGCAUCCUCCAGGAACUCUCUGCGACGAACAAUGCCUCUGUUUUCCGCUUCUCCCCCGCCGCGGAAACCAUUUUUAUUCGCUACAGUAUGCGCUUCAUAAUCUUUGUCGACUCCUCGAAUGUCAGACUUCUUCUUGCCCUGCCCGCACAUCCUUUUCCCUCACUGCCCAUUCCCGCAACCCUCCUAGCCGAAUGUUGCCUCGCUUUCUUGCGAGAGUUUCUCCUCAGGAUAGAGAUCGCCUUUGUGCUUCCAUCGACUUGGGCUGACAGGUGGAAAUGGACGAUUAAACGAUCGACAAACCCGCCAAGAAUUGUCUGGAAGCGUUGGACGCUCGUACGAUAUCCUCGAAUACACUCACAUCAAGGCAGGGAGAGAAAAGGACGAUUAUUUAUGGGACGGUUGUAUAGUGGCGCGUCCGUGCCAUGCAUAGACAGUACCUCAUUCCGAUCGGCAAACGAAUGGCUCAUUUUCCGUCCGUAAAUGUACGGAAAUGCCACUCGAGAAUGGCAUUUCUUAAUAUUCGCCGGUAUUAGGAGAUAACCGGGCACGUGCGAACUAGAAUGACGGCGUGGAAGGACGCAGCAGGUCGGCGAGACGAUAAAUUACAAAGGACGAAACGAUGGCUGAAUCACUGUGAACUGUUAGGAGACAUUAAAAUGCCGCGCCGCAAAAAUCGAACAAAGUAGGAGGCAUCGUGGUACAUUUUGCGUCACGGUCACGCAAAUCUACCGUCGAUUGGCACGAGUUACGGCGUCGCGAAACGGUUGGCCGCGGACACGUUCGGAAGUCAAUGAAGGAUCGGCAUAGGAAAGAAACGGAGCUAUUAACUGACCGGCGAACAGAAGAAACGACCUCGCGAUUGCACCGUGAACGAGAAUCCGUCGCCGAUGUUGAUCAAUGCUGGAGUUCACGGAUUUAACGGCGAUUGACGGAAGUGUUUGAAUCGCAAAAAUUUUCCAAAUAGCUCCGGUGAUGACUCACAACAAUAUCUGCGGCGAUGUUAUCAUCAAAGAAUGGAACUACGAACCGAAUUAAUUUUCUCGGACACGGAUCAACUCGAUCGCGACCGUCUGAACAAAAAUUAGAUGUUCUCUAUUAGAGUGGCUGACCCGUUUACAUUCACUGAUCAGAAAUACGAGAUAAUAUGACUACUUUUCAAUUCAUACUAUAAAGCUUCUUGUGUCAUCGUUACAUUUCCGUAAAGAAUCGCACGCAACAAGAAGCCACGGUGGGCGGCGGCCGUCAUUGAUCUCCUGUUAGAAUCGGAUCACUUCGAUGUAACAAGAUAAAUAGUCAGCGGGACACCGUCGGUGGUCGAGGGUGCGGAUCGUGGAGUCAUGCUGACUAUGUAUCUGAUGAUCAAGAGAAUUGAGUACGCGCACGCUUGUCCGAUCUGGGAUGUAUUUAACGCAUACAUCAAGGAAUCAAGUCCUGUAAAUAUUGCAGCAAGAGAUACAAGAGACCUUGGAAAUUGAAGAUGCAUAAAUAUUGGCAUA